CUCUCUCGCGGUACGGAGGAGGAGGAGGAGGAGGAGGAGGAGGAGGAGAGAAGGCUGCCAUGGCUUCUGGGAGUUAUAGAAAUGGCGGCGGCGGAGGCGGAGGCGGCGCCGCUCCGAGGUUGAGUGCGAAGCUCGAUCGCCAGAACUCCGGCGCCCACGCGACCCCCAAGGCCUCCUCAAAGUCCAGACCGCCCGCCACCCCUGGCGCCGCCGCUGGUGGCUUCCGUCGCAGCAGCUCCGGGCCCCUCACCUCCACCGCUGCCGGCCGGGGAGACGCCGGAGUUCCCGGUAGAGUAAGAGUGGCUGUAAGACUUCGCCCUCGAAACGGAGAAGAGUCGGUUGCAGAUGCUGACUUUGGAGAUUGUGUUGAGUUGCAGCCAGAGCUCAAAAGGUUGAAGCUUCGCAAAAACAAUUGGGAAUCGGAAACUUAUGAAUUUGAUGAGGUGCUUACAGAAUUUGCCUCUCAAAAGCGAGUUUAUGAAGUCGUAGCAAAACCCGUUGUUGAGAGUGUUCUAGAGGGGUACAAUGGUACAGUUAUGGCUUAUGGGCAGACUGGUACUGGGAAGACUUUUACCCUCGGAAGGCUUGGAGAAGAAGACACUGCUGCCCGUGGAAUUAUGGUUCGUGCAAUGGAAGAUAUUCUUGCAGAUAUAUCGCCAGAGACCGAUUCUGUAUCAGUAUCUUACUUGCAGUUAUAUAUGGAAACAAUCCAAGAUCUUCUUGAUCCUGUAAAUGAUAAUAUUGCCAUAAUAGAAGACCCAAAGACAGGGGAUGUUUCUUUGCCUGGUGCCACAAUAGUUGAAAUAAGGGAUCAGAAGAGCUUUGUGGAUCUUUUAACAUUAGGAGAGGCUCACCGCUUUGCUGCAAACACUAAGUUAAAUACAGAGUCAUCUCGAAGUCACGCGAUUCUCAUGGUACAGGUAAGGAGAGCUGUCAAGGGUAGGCAUGACACUGAGCUAAAUUUUCAUGGCGAAAAUGGUCAUACAUCCCCCCUUGUGUCAUCUUUUAGACCGCCAAUUGUCAGGAAAGGCAAGCUUGUUGUUGUUGACCUCGCAGGAUCAGAGCGAAUAGAUAAGUCAGGAAGUGAGGGGCAUACGUUGGAAGAGGCAAAGUCUAUUAACCUAUCACUAAGUGCUUUGGGAAAAUGCAUCAAUGCACUGGCUGAAAAUAGUCCACAUGUUCCUAUUCGUGAUUCGAAGCUUACAAGAUUGCUUAAAGAUUCGUUUGGAGGCACUGCAAGAACUUCAUUGGUUGUGACAAUUGGCCCAUCUCCGCGUCAUCGAGGGGAGACCGCAAGUACCAUAAUGUUUGGACAAAGAGCCAUGAAGGUGGAGAAUAUGGUAAAACUAAAGGAGGAAUUUGACUACAAAAGCUUGUGCCGGAGGCUUGAUAUUGAGUUAGAUAAGUUAAUUGCAGAAAAUGAAAGGCAGCAGAAAGAAUUUGAAGAUGAGGUUGCGAGAAUAAGGAUAGAAGCUCAAAAUCACGUUGCUGAGGCCGAAAGAAAGUAUAUAAAAGCUCUAGAGACAGAGAAAUUAAAGUACCAGCAAGACUAUAUAGAUUCAAUUAGGAAGCUUGAGGAGAAGUGGAUGGUAACCCAACAAUCCAGUAGUAAUAAUAAGACUAAAGCUGAGCAUCAUCCCCAGUCAGCGGAGAAAACAUGCGAUAAUAAGGCUCCAAGUGAAUCUGACGCAGAUGAGAUUAAUGAGGUCAAAAAGUUGCUCGAGAAUGAAAAGUUCUUGCGGCAGUCCACAGAAGAAGAAGUUAACGACCUCAAAAACCAAGUGUUGCACUGGAAAAAGUUGGAGGCAGCUGGAAGUGCUGAGGUUGCAAAGCUUCAGAAGAUGCUGGACAACGAAGCCAGUCAGAAAGAGAAGCUAGAAGAAGAGAUAGCGGCUUUGAAAAGUCAGUUGUUACAGUUAAGCUUUGAAGCUGAUGAGACAAGGAGGAGUCUUGACAGAGGUGGAUCUGGAAAAAUAUUCCCUGGUUUGGAUUCACUGAUGUCCCAAGCUAGGAAUUCACAGCUUAGAGAUCAGGGAAAUGGACCUAAGCCUCCAGUUGCGAAACUUUUUGAGCAAGUGGGAUUGCAGAAGAUAUUAUCGUUGCUUGAAUCAGAGGAUGCUGAUGUACGUGUUCAUGCAGUUAAAGUGGUCGCCAACCUGGCUGCUGAAGAGGCAAAUCAAGAAAAGAUUGUAGAAGCUGGCGGCCUCACUUCAUUGUUGGUGCUUCUGAGAAGCUCAGAGGAUGAAACAAUACGAAGAGUAGCAGCAGGAGCAAUUGCCAACCUUGCAAUGAAUGAAACCAACCAAGAGCUUAUAAUGAGUCAAGGCGGUAUAAGUUUGUUGUCCAUGACUGCAGCUGAUGCUGAGGACCCCCAAACUCUACGAAUGGUUGCUGGAGCCAUAGCUAAUCUAUGUGGCAAUGACAAGCUACAAGCAAGGCUAAGAGGAGAAGGUGGCGUUAAAGCAUUGUUAGGAAUGGUUAAGUGUGGGCACCCUGAUGUCCUUGCCCAAGUUGCACGCGGCAUUGCAAACUUCGCAAAAUGCGAGUCUAGAGCGGCAACUCAAGGAAAUAAGCUAGGAAAAUCUCUGUUAAUUGAAGAUGGAGCACUCCCUUGGAUUAUAAAAAAUGCCAAUAACGAUGCUUCACCAAUUAGACGCCACAUUGAACUUGCGUUGUGCCACUUGGCACAGCAUGAAGUGAAUGCAAAGGACAUGAUCAGCGAAGGAGCCUUGUGGGAGCUUGUUCGGAUUUCACGGGACUGUUCACGAGAAGAUAUUAGGAUGUUGGCCUACCGGACUCUGACUUCUAGUCCCACCCUCCAAGCAGAGAUGAGGAGAUUGCACAUCGAAUGUUGAUGAACCAAGCUUUUCUGCAGGCUUCUUGUGUGGAUAGUAAAAUGCAGCUACUUGAGGUGCCAUUUUGGGAAGAAAUUUUGGUUGAAUAUUUGCAAAGGCUUGAUAUGCGUGGAAGGGUCUGAGUCUAUCUAAUCUCAGAAUCGUCUGACAACGCAAUGUUAAUGGGCUCUACUAAUUUUGAUUUGAAGGGAGUUAAAAGAAAUAUUUCUCAACAAUUCUUUUGUUCAUGGCGAAACUCCCUACACAAAGGACCCGUCAACUUGCCUCUGUUGUAUAAGUUUGUGUAUAAUGUAGAAUAAGUUAAAAAGAUGAUGGUUAAAGACUUGUCAGAAUCGGGUCAUACUGAUACUUAUUAUAUAGAACUUGCUUGGCAUUUUUCAUGUCUCUAUUUUCAUGUGGGAAUGUAUAUUAAACGUAUGAGUCAUAUUUAAACAAGAAAGAUACCUGCUUUACGUUUGAGUUUUGGCAUGGAAACGAAGAGAAAUGCAUUAUCCUGUUUCUUACUGCCCAAGCUGUUUGCACAGAGAAAUUUCCUAAUAAAGUGUUUUCCAGUUUUAGUGCAAA